GAUGAAAUGUUUUGAAAUUAACUGUAAUAGUAGUGCUGCUCGUCAUACAAUAUUUUGAAAUUAUUAAUUUAUAAUUAAAAAACAAGAUUAUUUAAAACGUGUUAUGUAAAUGCAAAUGUAAAUUUGGUUCCCGAAAUGUCUAGAUUAAUAUAUUACUUAAUGAAAUGUGAAUUAAUUAGUAAAGUUUUAGUGUUAAAUGCUUGUUAAAAAUUGUCGUUAUAAAUUGUCUGUGUUCAUUAAUCUAGUAGUAAAUCAAUAGGAAAGUAUCGUUUAAAAUAGUUACGUAUCGCUACACCUCCCACCUAUCCGGCACUCAUAACAAGUUAUGACGUCUCUGUCGACUACCGUUCCCCUGGCACUCAUCAAAGCCGUGGUCUACUGCUAUGACAUCAUAACGUUCCCCAUCUAUCUGUUGGCCCAAAAACCGUGGGCCCGGAGGCGUGAGAGCGCCCAACGCCGGGCGCGCCAACUCGACCCGUCCGGCCCCUACAGCCCGUGGGUUCGGGCCCUCAAACACCAGGUGCCCGACACCCACUUUGUCAACGCGUGCCAUACGGUGGACGAGCUGUGGGCGCGGGCUGUGCGCGAGUACGGCGACAGACAGUGCGUGGGCUACCGGCGCGUGUUGGCCGAGUCGGACGACCGGCAACCGGACGGCAAAGUGUUCCGCAAACGACUGCUCGACGACUACCGGUUCCUCUCGUACGUCGAGGUGGACGAGUUGGUGGGCGUGGCCGCCAAUGGUCUACUGGCGCUCGGCGUACGACCGGGCGAUCUGGUCGUCAUAUUCGCCGAAACCCGGUAUGAAUGGAUGGUCAGCGCGCAGGCACUCUGGCGUAUCGGCGCCACUGUAGGCGCUCUAUACGCCACACUCACCGAUGAAGCCGUGGUUCACGGCAUGUGCGAGAUGGAGGUGACGCACGUGAUCACUAGCGUCGACCUAUUAACGAAAUUGGCGCGCGUGGUUGACCAGGUACCAUCUAUUAAGUCCAUGAUCUACAUGGAGGGUCCCACGGAACCGGACCUUGCUAAACUGUUCCCCACUCAACACAACAUACGGUUCACGCCGUUCGCUGAAGUCCUAUCACUGGGCGCCGACAGUCAACACGUGUCCGGCGCCGACCAUAAACCUCAAGCGGACGACACGGCUGUCGUGAUGUACACAUCGGGCUCUACGGGACGGCCGAAGGGUGUGAUCAUAACGCACAGCAAUAUAAUGGCCGGCAUUAGAGCCUACUUUCCCAUCGCGCAGACCUUCACGCGCCGGGACGUCUACAUAGCGUACCUACCGCUAGCCCACGUGUACGAACUCAUGUGCGAGCUAUUCGUGUCGGCCUUCGGUAUGCCCAUCGGCUACGGUUCCCCGUAUUCGCUGACCGACCGCAGCACCGGACUCAAACCGGGCUGCCGGGGCGACGCUGUACUACUAAAGCCUACGUUCAUAUGUGUCGUUCCGCUGGUGUUGGACGGCAUACGCAAAGGUGUGGGCGAACAGGUGGCCAGUAAGGGACUCCUAUUCCGCGCGUUCUCCGACUUUUGCGUCAGUUAUAAGACUUAUUGGACCCGAAAGGGAUACAAAACACCACUACUCGACCGACUGGUGUUCGCCAAAGUGGCGGCCCUUUUGGGCGGACGAGUGAGACUGAUGUCAGCGGGUGGGGCCCCACUAUCACCCGAUACGCACGAGUUUAUACGCGCCUGUCUGGACGUCGCACUAUUGCAGGGAUACGUGAGACUGAUGUCGGCGGGUGGGGCCCCACUAUCACCCGAUACGCACGAGUUUAUACGCGCCUGUCUGGACGUCGCACUAUUGCAGGGAUACGGUAUGACAGAGACAGUGGCCGCCGGCUGUGCCAUGGAUUUCGCGGACUUAAGCGUCGGUAACAUCGGUCCCCCACUAGAGGGCAUACAAAUCAAGCUUAUCGACUGGCCUGAGGGUCACUACCGGGCUAUAGAUCAGCCGCACCCGCGCGGGGAGAUAGUCAUCGGCGGCCCAGUCGUGGCCAAAGGCUACUACAAAAACCCUGAGCUUACGAGCGAGUCAUUCGAGGUGGACGGGGAGGGCGUGCGUUGGUUUCGUACGGGCGAUAUCGGGGAGAUCCUCGACAACGGGUCCGUACGUAUCGUCGACCGCAAGAAAGACUUAGUGAAACUGCCGACCGGAGAAUACGUAACGCUGGGCACCACGGAGUCGGUGCUCAAGGCCUGUCCACUGGUGGACAACCUGUGCUGUUACGCCGACCCCCUGCAUGCCUACCUAAUAGCCCUGAUAGUGGUGAAUGAGAAGCAGAUACGGGCGUUGGCGACGAAGCUACACAAGUCCGGCGAUAUGUCGUUCCGGGAGUUGUGUGCGGACGGGGAGAUCGUGGGUCGGGUACUGAAAGAGGUGCGCGACUGGUGCCGGAAGGGGCGGUUGCCUACGCGACAGAUACCCGAGAAGGUAGUCCUGUGCGCCGAGCAGUGGGCGCCCGAAACGGGUCUCGUGACGGCAGCCAUGAAACUGCAGCGCCGGGCGAUCGCCGACUACUAUCGCCAAGAGAUCAACACGUUGUACGGAAUCGGACCC